AUGACUGUAUCUAAGAUUUCAGAACAAGAUCUAGAAAGAAUCAGGGCAGAAAGGGUCAGUCGUUCGAAUCCAAUCCCCGACACCAUUCUGAAGAUGAAUUUGACGGCCGAAGUUGCCCUUGAUCCUCUCAGGUCGUCGAGGCUCAAGGCCGACAUGAACGACCGCAAUAACGACCCCGUUGUACUGCCGGUUGCGGAGGAAAACAUCGUCAAGGUAGAUCCUUCAUGCAGUGAUCCAGACAUCAAGGAUCGCUGGUGUGUGGCGACUCAUGAGAUUUCUGACGUCAUCAGUGAUUCCAGCGGCAUCGUCGGCUUCUCGCUAGUGUUCGGGUUCGUUUUCAUGCUGGUCGUCGAUCGCCUCAUUCGCGGAAGGUUUCACCAUAAUGCAUCCUUAAGCUUAGGUAAGCUCUUUGAAUUGUUAUGAAU